AUGUUACAGAUUGAUCCUGUCCAACGAGUCUUCCUCAACUUCUACGCUGCAAUCUCCUACGAGCUUCUCGGCCAGACCGCACAUCUCUACUCCAGCACCAAGAUCUCGUUGUUGAACACGGCACUCGACUGCUUUGCUGAAUGCGCCAUCGCUUUACCUCAGCCUAUUCCUUUGCCCAAGUUGCCCAAGAUCGAAAAGUCUCCUGCAAGUCCACCUCCGCGUUGGCCUACGACUCCUCCUCGUACCCCCCGACAAAACCUGGCUUUGUUUGACGGUGGCUUCUUCAACUCUCCUGGGCGCGAUUCUCUUGUCCGAAGCAUCACACGCCUGAUCGAUGUCACAAUGUGGGACCUGGAUGAUGAUGUAUUCAUUGAUGACGCUGAGAGCAGGCUCCAGACUCCAUUCACGCUCGCUUUGUCUCCGCUUGCGAAAAGACCCGCGACUAGAGCAGAAAAGGACCGUCUUUUCCGUAUCAGACUCUCUCCGACCAGAAAAUGUUUGCAGGAAAGCCCAGAUCCCGUCAAGCCAAAGAGUCUCAUGCCCUCCCCGUUGCGUGUCAGUAAAGCUCGUGAUACACCUGUUCUAUCUGUGGUCAAGCCAAAAGAGGUGGACAGCAGCAGCUCUCAGAACAGAAACUCGAUUCGGCCUAGACCUCCGCCAUUGCCUCUGAGAAUCAUCCCUGCUAGUGAACUGAAUAUCGACCGUCAGAAGCAGAGAGCCAGAAAACCCCCUCCCAGUUCUCCAACCCCGGACCCUCGAGCAUCAGCUCCUCGAACCCCUCCGAAGAAGACCAAGCAACCUGAGGAGCCCGCCGUGGAGCCUGCCGAUGCCAUUACACCUUCCAGCGCGGCAAAAAACGUUCGAUACAACCGCGGCAUUGAAAUACUCCGCUCGCAGAUAACUAGCAACAUCACAUCUAUCCAGGAACACGUUGACCAUGUCUCGGAGCUUCAACGUUCUCGCCGAUCCCGCAAGAUGCAGCGUUCUAUCUCGUUCUGGAGCUUUGACCCCAUUAAGUCUCACGAAGAUGAGAAUGAGAAGAAGUAUGCGGAGCCGGUGCUGGACCAAUUCGGUAAUAUCCUUGUCAAAGAAACCAAAGAGGAGCGGAUCGCCCGUCUUCGUUCGGAGGGAUGGAAGACGGUCGGGCUGCGGUCUCCUCGGGCCACCUGGAAAGGAGCACGGUACUACCAGGAGUUCUGUGCUAUGGUGAUGAGUGAAAUGACUCUCGACCAGUGA